UAUGAUUGGGUCGGGUGCGAACGAGACGGGCGAUCCGAUGGCGAGGGGUCCACAAAAUCAAACCCGUUUUGAACGUAGCCUUUCGUCGCCAUUAUUGAAGUUCUGAAGCAGGCGCGAGGAUCGGCUGCAUCGGCGAAGCAAGGGAGUGCGCCCGUGUCACAACACUGUCAACGACAUACAGCGCGUCUCGAGUCCCGGGGGUCAUGGAGGUGCUCGGGGUCAAGUGGGCGCCGCUCAACACGCCGCUGCAGCGCCGCCUGCAGACGCUGUCCGUGGUGGUGUGGUUCGUGACCUUCGUGUUCGGCGGCCUCCUGGGGUGGGCGGGGCUCGCCCUGGCCGCGCUCUACACCCGCUACUGGUGGCUGGUGCUGGCCUACCUCGUCUGGAUGUACGUGGACAGGAACACCUGCGAGACGGGCGGGCGUAGGUGAGUAGAGCGGCGGGAUGGCGCGAGGGGUC